UUAAUCGAUUCGAGAGCGCGAUCCAAAUCAAACUUCAGUCGGAAUCGCCUAAAAGUAUGCGCGGACUACUUCAGUGUAUCAAGCUCAAGCAUUAUUCGUUCGUCCCAAGUUGAGAUCAGAUGCGAAUAUUUUCUCGACUUAUCUCGAUUUCUACAUACAUCGGAAGACACUGGAGGAACGUGGGAAAUCGCUUUGGAAAUAUGUCACGGGAACGUGGUGACGUUCAAACGAGCGGCCGAAAGUAGCGAAAAAUACUGGACAUCGAACCUACCUACACACCGUUCGGUUGUUCUUCUUCAUCUUCGAUACACGUACAUGUAGCGAAAUGCGUACGCGUGUUAACAUCGGUGGGGUACCCUGCGACGCAACCCCACCUCCUUCACGAAACUAUCACUGCCUCUACCUGUCUGCCUGCCUGCCUGCCUACCUACGAGAUCAUCUUCCCGAGUAAAAGCCGAGAACCGAACGAGCCUGGACACAGACAGCAUCAUGCGCUUGGUAUGCAUAACAAUUUUGCUAGCGGUGGCACGCUGCAGCCCGGCGAGGUCUCAACAGGCCGAAAUCUCGACCAAGGGCCUGGAGAUCGCGCCCGCACCGGUGAAGCUCGACAAGAACCUGCGACAAGCGCUGCUGAAGGCGCUGACAGACCUGGAAGCCGAGUCGGCGGAGCAGCGUAAAGAUGAUGACGAGAAGCCGCACGUAGAGAUGUCUUUUGACGACGUGCUGAAGAGGAACGUCGGCACGAUACAACGGAGCACCUUCUCGUUCAACGAUUUCCCGGGUGACGAGGAGGCGCUGCAGAACGAGGAGAAGCUGCAGAACUCGAGCUUCGUCGACGUGAAGAAGUACGCAUCUCCGUCGGGUUCUUCGACGAUGACGAUCGAGAAGGCGAGCCACGAUGACGCCAGGAGCUUCUUCCACGUACAGAACGUGGUCGUGCCGGACAAGAAGCCGGCCACGUAUGAACAGCGAGCCGAACCCAAGAUGGAUCCGGUGGAACCGAAAACCUUCUCCGCGAGCUCGUCCUCGUUGAACAAGGUGGUCGAGAGCAUCACGUUGAAGCCGAUCACGCAGCUAUCGGAGAGUUUGGCACAAGGCGCUAGCAACGGAAUCGCGAGCUCCAACUCGUUGAUAGUGCCGAAACCGACGGCAUCUAGUCUGACGGUUCCUCCGAAAAACGUCAACUCCUCGUUAUCCGCUUCCACUAGCGAGAAGCCUUCGGCGGAGGAGGUGAAGAUCUUCCAGGCACCUUUGGUGGCAGCUUUCACGGUGCAACAGGACGAACUGGGUGUGCCGAAGAGUGUCGUGCCGAUCUACAGACAGUCAGGCGACGGUCAGGCUCUGACUCUUCAGGAGCAGCUGGAGUUCAAGCAGAAGCUGCUGGAGCAACAGCUGGCGGAGCUGCAACAACAGCAGAUCCAGCAGACGCAGUUCCUCGUGCGGCAGCGUCAGCUAUAUGAGCAGCAAGUCAUACAGAAGCAACAGCAACAGCAACACCAGCUGUACCUGCAAGAACAAGCGAGAAUCAAGCACCUGGAGGAGCAAGCGAAGAUCAAGCAGCUGGAGGAGCAGAGGCUCUAUCGCCUGCAUCAGCAUCAUCUGUUCCAGGCGCAGAAGCCGCGCAUCUUCGAGCAGUCGAACGCGCUGGCUCUUCAUCCACCUGUGGCGGAGGCCUCCGUUCACCUUCAGCCGAGCGUAGCUCUAGAAGUUCCCAGCGUCGUAGCGCCGCCGCUGUUCCGCACGACGAGCUAUCAGGAGCAGCUACACUUCCAACAGCAACUGCAGCCCCAGCCACAGCCGCAGCCGCAGCCGCAGCCGCAGUCGCAGCCGCAGCCGCAACAACAGCAGCAACACCUGCAACGGCUACAGCAAAGUUUCGGCGCCUUCUCGAGUGACUUCCAGCCACCAGUCCAGACUCCGGCCAAUCGAUUCAACCGGCAAGAGGCCUUCAACGCGGUCGGCAACUUCGGCUUCAACCCGGAGAAGCAGCCACCGCCGUCCAAGAACACGUACAACUUCAAUGUGCAAUCCCUGCCGAGGUACCCCCAGCCCAGCACGUUCGUUUACAAUCCCUACGUGCAGUAUCGGCAAGUCACUCCGGCGAGACCGCAGACGCCCGCCAAGCAGAUCCAGCAUCUACUCUAUCAGUCGGGAGUGGUCGGCGACUUGGGCAACGUCCAGGGCUCGGGCGGUCACGAGGAUCUGAACAUCGUGUCGAAGGUACUGGCGCUGAACGUGGGCGCGUUACCCAACAAGAACUAUCAGCAGUUCAGCACGAGUACCCGCGGCAAGCUGGCGUGAGCGUGGGGCGGAUUGGCGUACCGAUGUAAGACUUGGACGAGUCGUGUAAAUCGCUACAGGACGAUAUUAGUAAGGUGAAAUCGAGCUCUCUCUCUCUCUCUCUCU